AAGAAAGGGAGGGCCAGAGUAUGAGCAACAGAAAAGGAAAGAAAUGGAGGGAGACUGUCUGUCAAGCUGCACUUCAAGCUCAGCCAAUAGCAAAGCAUGAAGUGGGCAUGGCUUAACCCAGUACCCAUCCCAACCCCUGCUGCAUCUCAUGUAAGCGCAUUACAUGCUGAGCAGAGAAAGAGAAUACAUAUAUUACGCUUGGAAGAAACAGUCUACAUGCCGGCUUAUAGUUUUUAGUAUUUAUACCCGUCUCCUCUGAGCCACAGAACGCCUCUCUGACCUUGCUGUAAAGGACUCGCAAGCCUACACUUCCUCCUCCAUUUCAGUUUCCCCACAGUAGUGGAGCAGGAUGAUAGCCGCACAGCUUCUGGCCUACUACUUCACUGAGCUGAAGGAUGAUCAGGUCAAAAAGAUUGAUAAGUACCUGUACUCCAUGCGCCUCUCUGAUGAGACACUGCGAGACAUCAUGUCCCGUUUCCGUAUGGAGCUGGUGAAAGGGCUGAGCCGUGACACCAACGCAACAGCCACUGUCAAGAUGCUGCCCACCUUCGUCAGGUCCAUCCCUGAUGGAUCAGAGAAGGGGGAUUUCAUUGCUCUGGAUCUGGGAGGCUCUAAUUUCCGAAUCCUGAGAGUGAAAGUUUCUCAUGAAAAGAAGCAAACAGUGCAGAUGGAGAGUCAGAUCUAUGAGACUCCAGAAGACAUCAUGCAUGGCAGUGGAACACGGCUAUUUGACCAUGUUGCUGAAUGUCUGGGGGACUUUAUGGAGAAGCAAAAGAUCAAAGAUAAGAAACUUCCAGUGGGAUUCACCUUCUCUUUCCCUUGUGCUCAAACUAAACUGGAUGAGGCUGUUUUGCUGACCUGGACGAAACGUUUCAAAGCCAGUGGAGUGGAGGGGAUGGAUGUGGUGAAGCUUCUGAACAAAGCUAUUAAAAAGCGAGGGGACUAUGAAGCUGAUAUCAUGGCGGUGGUCAAUGACACUGUGGGAACCAUGAUGACCUGUGGCUUUGAUGACCAGCGCUGUGAAGUUGGGAUUAUCAUCGGUACGGGCACUAACGCAUGCUACAUGGAGGAGUUGCGACAUAUUGACCUGGUGGAGGGAGACGAGGGCAGGAUGUGCAUCAACACAGAGUGGGGAGCUUUCGGAGACGAUGGCAUGCUGGAGGACAUUCGUACUGAAUUUGAUCGAGAAAUUGACCGUGGGUCUCUCAACCCUGGCAAACAACUGUUUGAGAAGAUGGUGAGUGGAAUGUACAUGGGGGAGCUGGUGCGGCUCAUCCUAGUGAAGAUGGCCAAAGAGGGGAUGCUGUUUGAAGGCCGCAUCACUCCAGAGCUACUGACUAAAGGAAAAAUUGAAACAAAGCAUGUUUCUGCUAUUGAGAAGAGUAAAGAGGGAUUGACCAAAGCCAAGGAAAUUUUAACCCGUUUGGGAGUGGAGCCAUCAGCGGAUGACUGCAUCGCUGUGCAGCACGUGUGUGCUAUCAUCUCUUUCCGCUCAGCCAAUCUUGUGGCUGCUACACUGUGUGCUAUCCUCACUCGCCUGAAAGACAACAAGAAUGUCCCUCGUCUCCGCACUACCGUGGCCAUCGAUGGCUCGCUCUACAAGAUGCACCCACAGUAUUCCCGUCGGCUCCAUAAGACUGUGCGACGUCUGAUACCUGAGUGUGAUGUUCGCUUCCUGCUUUCAGAGAGUGGGAGUGGCAAAGGUGCCGCCUUGGUAACAGCCUGGGCCUAUAGACUGGCUGAUCAGACACGUCAGAUUGCUGAGACACUGGCGGAGUUCCGCCUCAGCAAAGAGCAGCUUUUAGAGGUGAAGAAAAGGAUGCACACAGAGAUCCUGAAUGGCUUGAGCAAAAAGAGCCAGGGCACAGCUACAGUGAAGAUGCUGCCCACUUACGUGCGCAGCACCCCAGAUGGCACAGAAAAUGGAGACUUCUUGGCUUUGGACCUUGGAGGCACAAACUUUAGGGUGCUCUUAGUGAAGAUUCGCAGUGGUAAGAGACGGACUGUGGAGAUGCAUAACAAAAUCUAUGCCAUUCCUAUCGAGGUGAUGCAGGGAACAGGAGAAGAGCUUUUUGAUCACAUCGUCACCUGCAUAUCGGACUUCUUGGACUACAUGGGAAUGAAGAAUGCAAGGCUUCCUUUGGGCUUCACUUUCUCUUUCCCCUGUAGACAAACCAGCCUUGAUGCUGGCAUCCUGUUAAACUGGACGAAGGGCUUUAAGGCCACAGACUGUGAAGGAGAGGAUGUCGUCAAUCUCCUAAGAGAAGGGAUUAAAAGGAGGGAGGAGUUUGACUUGGAUGUCGUGGCAGUGGUUAAUGAUACAGUGGGAACCAUGAUGACUUGUGCUUAUGAGGAACCAACAUGUGAGGUUGGCCUUAUUGCAGGAACGGGCAGUAACGCCUGUUACAUGGAAGAAAUGAGGAACAUCGAGACAGUGGAGGGAGAUGAGGGCAGGAUGUGUGUGAACAUGGAGUGGGGUGCGUUUGGGGACAACGGCUGCCUGGAUGACAUCAGGACCCAGUAUGACCGAAACGUGGAUGAUCUCUCCCUCAACCCUGGGAAACAGAGGUAUGAGAAGAUGUGCAGUGGGAUGUACCUGGGUGAGAUUGUGCGAAACAUCCUCAUUGACUUGACAAAGCGUGGCUUCCUCUUCAGGGGUCAGAUCUCUGAGACUCUCAAGACUAGGGGCAUCUUUGAAACCAAAUUCCUGUCCCAGAUUGAGAGUGACCGGUUGGCGCUACUGCAAGUCCGGACUAUUCUGCAGCACUUGGGUCUGGACAGCACGUGCGACGACAGUAUUAUAGUUAAGGAAGUGUGUGGUGCAGUGUCACGUCGAGCCGCACAGAUCUGCGGUGCGGGAAUGGCUGCUGUGGUGGACAAAAUCCGAGAGAAUCGAAGACUAGAUCGUCUGGACAUCACUGUGGGGGUGGAUGGCACGCUCUACAAACUCCAUCCGCAUUUCUCCCGGAUAAUGCACCAGACCGUGAACGAACUCGCACCCAAGUGCAAUGUGACUUUCCUGCUCUCUGAAGACGGGAGCGGAAAAGGUGCUGCUCUGAUCACCGCUGUCGGAUGCCGCCUACGUCAGCAAGAACAAAAGAACUGAAAAAGUUCAGACCUACUGUCUAGUCCCCUCUUUAAAUGAGCGCAGAACACUUCUUCCUAGCAGCCCUCACUGAGCUAUACCGGACAUUCAGUCCAGAGCAUGGGAUCCUCCAUACUUCAUAUUUCACUCCAUUUUGAGCUAACUGUAACUGUAAGCCAUUCACUGUAUCUCAUUGUUAGUGUCUAAGUGUAGGCGUGUGUUUUAAGAGUAGGUUUUAUCCUUCAUCGCUGAUUAUACUAACAUUUUUUUUAACUCUGCUGUAAACAUUUUUAGAUGUAUAUUAGCAAAAGGGAAGAUAUUUAAGUCACAGUGGUAAGAUCAAUUAUAUAUUAAUAAAAGAAAACAUUAUUUAUUUUAUUUUUGUAUUUGACCAAUGUAUUGCCAGAAUGUUAAAGCUGUGACAGGGUUUGUUAGAGAAAGAAUGUUUCUGUAAGGUUUUUUGUUUUUUUGUUUUUUUUUCUCUGCAAGUUUUUGUAAGUUCCGAUAUGGUCAAAUUUAAAUCUGUUAGCAUUUCUCAGAAAACGGGAUUAUGAUGUGAAUGUCGAGCUGGCUAGUAUGACACGUCUGUUUGAAGCUCACGCGUUUAAAGAGGGCUGUUCAUGUGAAUCGAGAGUCCAGUUUAUGCUGACUCUCUUUCUCUCUUUUACAACUUUUAGCUGGAACAGGUGCAUCAGACUGUACUACAUAUUGCUUGUGUGAAAAUAGUUGAUAAUCGUGAGUGCUGUGUGCUGUGUAAAUACGCAAAUAGAUCAUCAGCCCUGCAAUGUAAUGGUGCGAAUCUCCAGUAAAUGUCAUUGUGUGUAUUCUGACUGAGUGUUUCUGUGGGAUCCUGUGUAGUUACUGUGAGUGAACCUGUGCAGUGGUAUGAUGAAUGCAUGCCUUACAUGGUCUAGUGUCCACUCAUUUUCUACAGUUAAUAGGUGCACCAAAUGUAGAUGUUCGAUAAAAGAACAUUAUUAAACUAUUUUGAUGAGCCAUGA